AUGCCCCAAGCCAGGCUCUGCGGCUGCUGGGGCGGCCGGGUGCUGCCCCUGCUGCUGGCCCAUGUCUGCUACCUGCUGCUUGGGGCCACGGUCUUCCAGCUGCUGGAGAAACAGGCGGAGGCUCAGUCCAGAGACCAGGUUCAGUUUGAGAAGCUGCGCUUCCUGGAGAACUACACCUGCCUGGACCAGCGGGCCCUGGAGCAGUUUGUGCAGGUCAUCAUGGAAGCCUGGGUGAAGGGUGUGAACCCCAAAGGCAACUCCACCAACCCCAGCAACUGGGACUUCGGCAGCAGUUUCUUCUUUGCAGGCACGGUUGUCACCACCAUAGGAUACGGUAACCUGGCGCCCAGCACAGAGGCAGGCCAGGUCUUCUGUGUCUUCUACGCCCUGGUGGGCAUCCCGCUCAACGUGGUCUUCCUCAAUCACCUGGGCGCAGGGCUGCAUGGCCACCUGGCUACCCUGGAGAGGUGGGAAGAGCAGCCCAGGCGCUCCCAGCUGCUGCAGAUCCUGGGCCUGGCUCUGUUCCUGACCCUGGGGACGCUGGUCAUUCUCAUCUUCCCGCCCAUGGUCUUCAGCCAUGUGGAGGGCUGGAGCUUUGGGGAAGGCUUCUACUUCGCCUUCAUCACUCUCAGCACCAUCGGCUUCGGGGACUAUGUUGUUGGCACAGACCCCAGCAAGCAUUACAUCUCGGUGUACAGAAGCCUGGCUGCCAUCUGGAUCCUCCUGGGCCUGGCGUGGCUGGCGCUGAUCCUCCCCCUAGGCCCUCUGCUUCUGCACAGGUGCUCCCAGCUCUGGCUGCUCAGACUGAGGCAAGGCUGUGAAGAAGAAGCGGCUCCAGAUGGGACACACAGGGAAGGAUCUACAGCAACAAGAGUGACCCAGGUUACACCACAGGACUUCCUGGUAUGA